UAGAUUAACUAAAGGAAAUUGUGUGAUAGGCUAAUAGGCCAUGUUUGCUCUGUCUUGUGGAUAUAGUCUACACCGUGGUUGGUUCAUUUGAGCUAAACGCCAAGGCCUACAGCUUGUGUCAACCUGUCAAAGUGUAAUUUGCAACGGACGUCAUGUGAUCAUUAAACCCGUUUAGAAAAGGAAAGAUUACCGUGCAUCUAGGAGAGUGUUUGCGCACACUGGGCAGUGUGCUUGUUAAAGAGGCUCGGCAAUAGCGUCUGCUAUUGACGUCGAGACAAAAUAUUGUUUGUGGACAUCGGAGUCAAAUUGGUUGAGCUGAAAUGCGCUCAGCACCUUGGAGAGCUCUCGCGCGUAGUGAAUCACUCGGUCACUCAUUCUGAUGCGUACAGAUCAGCAGUGCCACUGUCAAUUUAGUGGAAAUCAAUUUAGUGGAAAUCACGCUAUGACGAAUUUCACUGUGCUGUUUCUGCUGAUGUGUUGUGUUCUAUGUGUGCACUUUCUGUCUGUCGGAGUAGAGGCAAGAUUACCGGACGUUCCGUCGUUGGAAACACGAGACUCACGCAAGCAUAAACAGUUGGGUGUCCCUGUCCAUGAUAGGGUACAGCUUCAGAGGGAAAUAUCUUCCUCAGUUUUGAGAAACAAGUUCAACCGCCUUCCGGGAGUAUGUCAACGUCUACGCAGAAGGAGAAUCACAAUUCUGUGCAAUUCCAACGUGGGCAAGUACUGUUCGGUCAAAGAUGGAGCUCAACAUGGCCAUAUUUGCCGCUGUCCAAGAGCAUCAAAGUGUAAAUACUUCUUUCUGAGGAGUCUGUAGAGUUCAAUCUAGAUUGUCUUUGUCUGUUGUGCUGUUUGUCUCCCGUCAAACUGUUUUGGCAACUAAAUAAACGCACAUUUUCAAGAGAA